CUAACUUGCUAGGGUAUGGUAAGCGGUCGGCAGAAAUGCAGUCGCUUGGCAGGUGUCUGAGUUGUCUUGAGCAAUAGACUCGGUAUACAAUUGAAUUUUAGGUGUGUGAUAAGGGACGCCUGUCCCUGGACAUGGCCGAGUACAGUCAAACGGGCAUUUUGACAGCAGUGCUGCUGUUUACAGUUGUCACGGUACGAGACAUUUAUGUCGGCAGGAACAUGAUGACUCAACAUCAGGCCCCUGGCAGCCUGGAUGUGUCGGGUGAAAGCUUGCACGAUGUCGACUCACAGAAGCCGGGCAAGCAUAGUCUCUACACUGGGCCUGUGCUUAAAUUUCAAUAUUGUAUCUCUUGAGGGUACAGCAAGGUGUUCCAGGAUUAUUCCCGGUCCAUCACCCAGUUGUACCCGGACAUCAAUAUUGAGGGAGAAAACUACCCUCCAACAACCUUCAACAAGUAUGUCGGGACCUUUGCUUCCUACUUCAAGCUCCUAGCCAUAGCACUUAUUGUGAGUGGGCAGAACCCUUUCCCCAUGCUAGGAUGGGAAACUCCUCGCGCUUGGAUCUGGAGUCAGGAAAACAAGAUUUUCUCCUGCCUUAUGACCUUCUUCCUCAGUAACAUGUUGGAGACUCACUUCUUGUCCACUGGAGCCUUUGAGAUCACACUCAACGAUGUUCCAAUCUGGUCCAAGUUGCAGUCAGGCAAUGUUCCCAACAUCCAGGAACUUUUCCAGAUCCUGGACAACAACAUGAAGAUGAGCCAAGUGGAUAAGAUCACCUUCCCCUCCCCGUAGUUAUGCUGGCGUUAACGUUAAGGUUUGCAGGUUUGCGGGCUUGUGUCAGUGUCCUGGGUCAGUGGAACAGUGUCUGUUGGUGUUUAUGAAGGCCUAGUCUGCAAGCAGCUGUCUGUGAGACCAGGCUGGAUGUCCCCACCAUCACCCCACUCUCCCUCUGCCUAUGGAACUGGCAUUUGACCUUGUGGCCGCAGUCUCAACAAGCACUCCACCAUCACUCUCCAUCCACGUGCUGCAUUGGAUGCCAAGAGAUCACACCUCAGAGAAAAACAUGUUUCAUAUACAUGAAGUUUGUAACACUCUUUGAUUUAGCUUCUCAAGAGUAAUAGAUCUUAAACUUGAGUGCCCAACUUAGAAGCACCUGCAAGUCCAGCUAAAUCGAGAUACUGCAUGUUUCAAAUGUUUGAAAUAGGUUUUCAACCCUGGUCUACAGAGACAGCAUCAUUCAUUUAUUUUAGGAGAAAAAAAAGGUUUUAGAGGUAAUUGUCAGUAAUGUGUGUGUUUGUCCUUCCAGGCUAUACUAUAGAUGGUAAGGGUAACAAGGCAAUUGGUGGUUUUACACUGCUGUAUGCAAUGUAUUUUGUAUUGGGUUGUUUUCAGGUUAACUGCUCUGUGUCAAACACCCAUCCUCCCUACAUACCAGUUCUCCACCCCUUUCUCCCAACAGGUUCUCUAGUCUACACUCUAAUCUGAUAUUAAUGUCCAGGAUUGGUCUGAAUUUUAAUGCUCAGAUAAAUCCUAUGCAUUCUUCAGUGUGCACCGAAUGAAAAUGGAUGGAGAAUUGGAAAGCAGGGAAGUCUUAUACCUUCUAACUUGUGGGUACUGCAGGAGAAUUGGGACUGUAUUGGUAUUGUCCUGUGUGCGUUUACAAAAUCAGUUCUGUUGGAACUGAAGGGUAGAAAUGCUAUGUUUGAUUGUGCUUGGCUUUGUGUUUUGUUUUCAUUUCUGUGGGAGAACAUGAAUCUCGGUGAACAGUUUCUUAUCUCUACUUUAAGUGGUUAUUUUGUCUGCUCAAUUUUCAGUAGUAAGGCUUGGUAUGUAUGAAACUGUGCAAACUGAAUACACUUGUAUGGUACUGAGU